AUGCACGCAAAUGUCUCGUUCGACGCCGUCGCCGCCGACGAGGACACGACACCUAUUCUAGUUAAUCAUGAUAGUGACCUCAUUGUUCCGGCAUUUCAACGGCAUUCAAAUACAAUACUUGCAAUAUCUUAUUAUUGGCCAGCAUUAUUUCUUUUAUUCUUUUCUAUUAUUGGUAUUCUCGGUAAUUUACUUGUUUGUCUAGCUAUAGUAACUGAACGACGUUUACAAAAUCGUACAAAUUGGUUUCUUUUCUCAUUAGCACUUGCUGAUAUGCUUAUUUCGGGUUUUGUUAUUCCAUUAGCUGUUGUUAAAGAAUUUACAGGUUAUUGGAUAUUAGGUCCAGUUUUAUGCGAUUUUUGGAUCUUUUUGGAUGUAUGUUCGAGUACAUCCUCAAUUAUGCAUAUUGUUGUUAUAUCACUUGAUCGUUAUUUAGCAAUAAAUGAUCCAUUAAAUACUCGUAAUCGACAGCAAAAAUGUAAAAUUCUUUUAUUAAUUAUACUUAUUUGGACAAUUGCAAUAUUAUUAUCAUCUCCAAUGAUUGUACUUGGUGCAAUCAAUCGAAAUAAUAUUAUUGUUAAUGGACAAUGUUUAAUAAAUAAUAAAUUUUUUGUUAUUUAUGGUAGUGUCGUUUCAUUUGUUAUUCCGCUUAUAAUAGUUAUUAUAACAUAUGUAUUAACUGUACGUCUUUUAAAAGAACAAAUAAGACAAUGUCAAACACAAAUUGCUCAAGAACAAUUAGCUCGUGCUGCUAGUUUCGUUACUAAACCAUUUUUAAGACGACAUAUGGCAACAGGAAAUUCAACAACGGCUGCUAGCGUUAGUUCGUUCCAAUCAACAACACCAGCAUCUGCUGCAGCAUUAAGACGUAUGCGUUUAAUACGACAAGCAACAAGUUUUGAAUUGAGCGAAGAAAGUGCAGAUAAUAUAAGUUUACAGCAACAAAAAGUACAACAACAACAGCAACAGCAAGAACAACAACAUUCAUCACAAUUCGAUCAAGAAUCUCAAAUUGAAGAGAAACCAGCGAUAUCACGAAAUACUCUACAAUCAGGAUCAACUAAAUUUUCACCUCAUACUGAAUAUGCUUGUCCAAAAAAUCCAUUUUGUCAGUUAAAAUGUACAUGCAAUCAUUAUCCUGAACAACAACAACGACACAUACAAUUAGAAACUGUUCUAGAACCUAAAGCACGCUUCGAUUGUUUUAAAUAUAUUCGUUGCUGUAAACGAAUUAAUACUCCUCCAUCUUUGCAAUCUUAUCCUUCGUUUAGAUCUCACCCAUUAAAUUUACCAAUUUCAACAGCACCAAAUCGAUCUUCAAUAUCUUCAAAUCCUUCAUUAUCGGGUAAUAUAGCGACAAAAUAUCGGCGUCGUCUAACUAAUACACCAAGUAUUGGAAUGUCACGUCCAAAAUCAUCAGCAAUACGUAAUGAACAAAAAGCUGUUAAAGUACUUGGUGUGGUCUUUGUUAUAUUUGUUAUAGCAUGGUUUCCAUUUUGUAUUAUAAAUUUAUUACAAGGAGUUUGUAAACGAUGUUUCGUCAAUCCAAAUAUUUUAAAUGGCUCAGUUUGGCUUGGUUAUGUAUCGUCAACAAUCAAUCCACUUGUUUAUACAAUAUUUAAUCGUAAUUUUCGUUUAAAAUUUAUUGCGUUACUUAAAUGUCAGUGUUUAUUUCCAAAUUUGCAACAACGACGACAAUUUCUUUCUUAUCAAAGUCAAUCAUCUAUACGUGGUUCACGAUUUCAACGAAAAAAUGAUUUAAUACAAAAAGAUAUUCGUCAGUAUCGCGAAUAA